AUGUUCGUCCGGUCUGUUUCUCGGGCUGCUGCUCGCAGCUCUGCCAUGCCCACCACGGCCAUUCGCUCCUACCGCACGGUUCCUAGCCCAAUUGCUUGCCUGAACGCUCGUCCUCAGCCUCAGCAGAAGUCCAUUGCUUCCCAGCAGACCCGCGCCUCUUCCGAGCACGCCAUCUCGAAUCCCACACUCGCCGGUAUCGAGAAGCGCUGGGAGGCCAUGCCUCCCCAGGAGCAGGCCGAAUUGUGGAUGCAGCUGAGGGAUCGUAUGAAGGUUGACUGGCACCAGAUGACUCUGCAGGAGAAGAAGGCUGCCUACUGGAUUGCUUUCGGUCCUCACGGCCCUCGUGCGGCUCCCCCCAAGGGCGAGGGCAUGCGAAUUUUCUGGAAGGUCGCUCAGCUGACCCUUGCCUCCUUCGCCGUCUUCUACGUGAUCCAUCUGUUCGCCAAGCCCCAGCCUAAGACCAUGUCCAAGGAGUGGCAGGAAGCCUCCAACGAGUACGCCAAGCGCGAGAACAUCAACCCUCUCUACGGUAUUAGCAGUGAGGGCUACGAGGGCAAGGGCUUCGUUCAGAGCCCUCCUGCCGAGAAGAAGUAG